GAUCCGCUUAUUCAUCUCCCACAUCGAUUCGAUUCGAUCCCCCAUUCCCAUCCGAAACCGAAACCCUAACUCCGCUCCGCCCCGCCCCGCCCUGUUCCUCGCCUUCGCCCUCGCCCCCCGCCCCAAGACUGUCCUAAGUAGGCGUUCGAUCGCUUACAUCGAGGGUCGUAUCCGUCUUCCUCCGGAGCUCCGACUAGGGCUUCGAAGAUAUCUGUUUCGAGCCAUUUGCUUCUGGUGACAUACCAUCGAGCUCGUGUCUUGUUUGAUGCAAUUCUUACCGGGUUGUCAUAUGAUCGUUGUUCAUUUUCUCCAAUCCAAUCGACUAGGAUGGACGCCAAUGAAAGCAACGCGAUUGCCGUUCACAAUCCGAGAGCCCGGAAGUUGCGAUCAUUGGUCUGGAAUGAUUUCACUAAGGAGCGCAAGGCCGAUGGGAGCUACGUCGCCGUAUGCAACCACUGCAAGAAGCAGCUCACGGCGAGCAGCCGGAGUGGGACGACGCAUCUGAAGAACCACCUGGUGAUUUGCACAUCUACCAAGCGGAUCAAGCGCAAGAAGCUGGUCGUCCGCCGGCUCGUCCUCACGUCGAGCGACGCCAAGAGUGAGGGUGUUCUGAGUUCCGAUCACUCCCAGUUUGAUCAGGAGGCAAGCCGGCAAGAUCUCGCCCGCAUGGUCAUUCUGCAUGGGUAUCCGUUCAACAUCGUCCAUCAUGUCGGCUUCAGGACAUUUGUUAGGAAUCUUCAGCCACUCUUUAAAUUGGUGUCCGCCGAUGUCGUGAAGGCAGAUUGCAUGAAGAUGUACGAGAAUGAGAGGCUGAGGUUGCAUGAAGUACUAGACAGGCUACAUUCUCGGGUCAGCCUCAAUGUCGAUGUGUGGAGGUCGAAUGAGGAUGUAGAGUAUGCUUGUGUGUCGUGCCACUAUGUUGAUAAUGAUUGGAGGCUUAAGAAGAAGAUCCUUAACUUUGCUCAUGUCGGAUGUCCAGAGAAGGAACAAGAAAUCAGUAAAAUUAUAUUGGAGAAGUUGCAGGAGUGGAAUAUCGAUGGGAAGCUAUGUAGCAUAGUUCUCGACAAUUGUAGAACCAGUGAUUUGGUGGCAAGUGAGCUUCUUGGAUCCCUUCGUAUGAAGGGUUUCCUUAUUUCAAAUGGUGAUCUAUUCUAUGCCCGAUCUUGUGGUCAUUUGCUGAAUCUUGUUGUCCAGAAAGGCCUCGAAUUGGCUUGUGAAAUCAUUGAUAGAGUCCGUGCUUGCGUGCAAAAUGUAAAAUCCUCACAAGACAGGCUAGCAAGAUUUCAGAAAGAUGCCGAGCAAAUGGGCAUCCCACAAAAGCCAUUAGUUCUUGAUGCUCCAGCUAGUUGGCCAUCAACAUACUUCAUGCUUGAAACUGCAUGUCAAUAUCAAGAGGCUUUUAAGAACUUAGCAGAGAAUGAUGUGGAAAACACAUGCUUUCUUUCACCGAAGGAUUGGAGUGAUGUUAGAGCUAUUGUUGGGUGUCUACAAGUGCUUUACAAUGAUGCUAUGGUCAAGUUUUCUGCUGCAGGAGUCCCAACUUCCAAUCUAUUUUUUAGAGAUAUGUGUGGUAUUCAUUUGCUAUUGAAGUCCUGGUGCAGUAGCCCGCAGCCUUUUGUUGCAUCAAUGGCCAAAGAGAUGCUUGAGAAAUUUGAACAGUAUUGGGAUUUAACUAGAAUGUCAAUGGCAAUCGCUUCUGUUUUAGAUCCUCGAUAUAAGAUGAAGCCAGUUGAAUACUUCUUCAAUCGAAUUUAUGAUGAUGCAUCUGAAGCCAAGACAAAGAUCGAUAAUGUUCGUGACAGCUUUGUAAAUCUGUACAAUGAAUAUAUAGGCCAGUCUGCUAAUUCUUCAAAAAACCAAGCCUCCUAUGGUGGAAAUAGUAGUAGCUAUGACGGUGCUGACCAUGGGACUGGUGCAGAAUGUAAAUCUUCUCGUGUCACACUAUCUGACACACAACGUGGGUUGGAUCAGUAUCUUAAAGAGACGUCAUCAGGUCAUCCAGCAAGAUCUGAUCUGGAUAUGUACUUGGAGGAAGCUGUUCAUCCCUCAAAAAGUCUUGAUGACAAUUUUGAUAUCUUAGCUUGGUGGAAAUAUAAUGCUGCCAAAUAUCCUGCUCUUUCUAUGAUGGCUCGUGAUAUUUUAGCAAUUCCUAUUUCAGUAGUUCCGUUAGACAGUGAAGCGAGAUCAUUAAAUCACUAUUUAAGUGCGACCGAUGCAGUGAUUGUAGAAUGCUUGAUAUGUGCACAAGAUUGGAUAGGAGAUGAAACAGAGGUGUCGCCAGUGAACACCCUUGCACUUGUUUCUUCGGCUGCUAGCUUUGAGGGCCAUGGUGAUGAGUACUUGUUACCUGCUGAUGGUGAUUAGUUUUCACCAAUGUGAAGCAGGUACAAGUUGGAUUCAUUGAAACAAGUUUAUUAAGACUACAAGAUCACUGAAAUGACGGAAUAGGAUAAAUCUUUGUGAGCAAAGGAACUGUAGCAUUUUAAGGCAACUGAAAAACAGAAUGAUCAUUGACUCCACAUGCUGACUCACAAAGCCGAAUCUUGUAGUUCUUCUACUCUUCUCACAGUGUGUAUUAAGAAGAACCAGUUCGGACCAGUCAGAUGGACAUUGUAAUUUAUUGUGCUAUCUAAUCUGGACUUAUUUAACAAAUGUAUAGACUUGUCCAUCUUGCAAGUAUAAAAGCUAUUCGGGGCCCAUCUUGCAAGCAUAAAACCUAUUCGGGAUAUAUAGUCUUCGCCAUCUUUUGUUGUCUCUGCAAGUAUUAUCUGAUCAAUGACUCAGAACUCUCACUUGAAAGGAACCUGACAAUCAAUUGGAUUUUGCAGUCUACACCAUCUUUUGUUGUCUCUGCAAGUAUUAUCUGAUCAAUGACUCAGAACUCUCACUUGAAAGGAACCUGAUCAAUGACUCAGAACUCUCACUUGAAAGGAACCUGACAAUCAAUUGGAUUUUGCAUGCUGUGGUGGAUUGUCAAAGAGGUCAUGAAGCCCUUGGUCACCAGAAGCUGUAGAUGCUUGUACUUGCAUGAAGGAAAUAUAUGUUGAGAUAACAACAGAUAAUUAUACGUCUCAAGUUGCCACAGCUACAUAUUUUGAGGUAACAAAACAUUUACAUUAGAUUGGACUUGUUUGUUGAUUUUCUCUGAUGGCAUUAGCAGAAGAUACACACAUGCAAACCCUGCAAGUUGGAGAUGUGCAUGUUCGUUCAUUCAUACAAAUAAGAAGUACAUGCACCAAAUCAAAUUGUAAAGGCAUGUGUAGUAAGUGUUUUUGCUCUGAAUAGAAUUUAUGGCCGAAUUCUACCUUGGUUUUUUGUGAAGAUAUAUGUUGCUACC